GCCUGUAGACUGGGCAACCUCUACAACAAAGAGGCGGUGAUCAGCGCACUGUUGAACCGGAAGAUGCCCAAAGAUCUGUCGCACAUCCGAGCCUUGAAGGACGUGAAGCAGUGCCUGAUCACCUGGAAGGAAGACGAAAAAGAGGAUGGCCGCAAGAGAAUGGUGUGCCCACUGAGUCGCGAAGACUUGGACAAUGGCUCCGCCCGUGCGGUGGUGAUUUGGCCCUCGGGUGCGGUGAUUGCAGCCAAGAGCCUGAAGGAAAUGAAGAUGAAGGAAUGCCCCGUGACUUCAAAACCAUACGAUGCAGAGAAGGAUGUCAUUCCCUUGGCCCCUGAUGGUGAGGA